GAGCCAUCUGCCCCAUCGCGGACCGCAGUCGGGCUGCCCUUUUCCGAUUGCAGAAGAACCCGUGCCGGUGUUGCGGCGGAUAUCAGAGAGCAUGCUUACACAGUCUCCUGGCCCGCUCUCUGGCGGCGAGCAUGAUGGCUAACACCAACCCUGCCGCCUCGUCGUCGACCUCCCCCUACCCUGCACCGUCCGCCUCCGCCCCUUCUCCCGUCGAGGACACGCCCAACACGGCCAAGAGGAGGCGGGUUUCGAAAGAAAUUAUCGUGUCUGCUGCCCCUAGUUCCAAGUCUGGGCUCACGGAGUUCACUCGGGCAAGGCAUCAGCCUUCCAUCUUUAAUUUCUUUGGGAGCGCAGCCCAGCAUGGACGCUCGCCGUCCCCUACCAACCCCAGCCGUACGCAACAUGCUCCUCCAUCCAAGUCGCAGGAGGAGCUCGACGUGGAGGCUGCGAUUUCAGCUAGUAUCAAAGAUCACGAAGCAUGGCUCGCUGCGAACAUGGCAGCUGCUGGGGUGCAAGGCGAUGCCUCUGGCACCUCCGAAUCGAGCAAUGUUCGCAAGAGGUCCGCCUCUCCCCCAUUACCGCGUCUCUCAUUGAAAGACGUUACCGCUGAAGACUGUACAUCAGUAUACAAUAUCAAGCGCAAUGUCAGCACUACAGGGCAACUCUGCCGAGCCUUGGGAGAUGCACCAGACCUGGUCGAGUCCAAGUUACCGGCGACACGCUCGCAAACAGGUCAAGAGGUAGCGGCUGAAGCUCAUCCCAAAAUUCUGAACCGGUCCAUCACAGCCGCAUUUCAGCAGACGCUGUCAGCGCCAAAAGAAACACUGAAAGUUGCUUCAUUGGGGUGCAAGGCCAAAGCGAUAUCUACGGUGGACAAAGCCGGUGACGCGUUCUCGAUGCUCAUGAAGUCACACACCGAACAAAAGGAGUGGGCCAGAGCUGAUGAGGUGACAGCGGCCAACUACCGUGGAAAAGCCCGCUCAUGUGUCGAUGCGCGUACCGCACCAUUCUACAAGAUCCUGCAGGGUAUGCCGCUCAGCGUCGACGCCUUUUGCUACGGCCGCAUCGACGGCUGCAAAGGGUACUUUCUCACCCACUGGCACAGCGACCAUUACACGAAUCUGUCAUCAAAUUGGAACUGUGGACCCAUCUACUGCACCAGGACCACCGCUAACAUGAUGCGACUGCGUGUCGGAGUGGCGGAGCAGUACAUCAAGGUGUUGGAUCUGGAGACGCCGACGCUGAUUCCGGACACAGGAGGCAUUACCGUGACUUGCAUCGAUGCCAACCACUGUCCGGGUUCUUGUCUUUUUCUCUUCGAAGGACCACAGACAGCCGACAUUCUGCCUUCCUCAUACAAGCCAUCGUCCCCCAAUCCAUCGAGGGUGUAUCGUUAUCUCCACUGCGGAGAUUUUCGCGCCAGUCCAGUCCACGCGCAUCAUCCGAUGAUCAAGGGCAAGAAGCUGGACAUUAUCUACCUCGACACGACGUAUCUCAAUCCGCGCUACUGUUUUCCAGCCCAAGAACAAGUCGUCGAAGCGUGUGCGGAGCUAGUGCGUGUACAAUUGCCGGAUGCGCAACGGAAGCAGGCCGACUCACAUCACAAGCAAGGGAAUGCCCCAGGCGUGCCGCCCACUAAGUUCAACCCGGACUUUCUGCGGAAGGAGACAGGAGUCACAGUGCUCUCUCCACAGGAUCAAUUGUCUGCGUCAGCGAUGAGGCAGUGGCUUACCGGCGGCAAUGCGACCAGCAGUAACGGUGGUAACAUUACGUCAAGGGGUGCCUCUGCUGCCAGAUUAGAUGUGGAGGAAGAUGUGAACAUGGAACCCCAGCUUGGUUUUGAUGCCGACAAGAAAGAAGCUUGGGCGGAGCUCAACGACAUGGACGAGACCUUUGCACAGGGUGGUUUCGUGGCGCCCGACAAGCGGGAGCGAGACCAAUGUUGGUCUGCGCAGCCCUCACUUAGGCCGGAAGCAGUACAACAUGGAUCUUGCAUCGAGAUUAAGAUAAACCCACUGAUUGAGGGCGGGCAGGAAGAGCAGAUGCCGCCGAAAGCUCAAGAUGCCGCGGGACAGUCGAAGAUUGAGCCUGUAAGCGAUGCAGCAGACAAACAAAUGGAGGCGGCCAAUUCGGGCAUGCAGUGGCUGCAGCAAGCGGCCAAACCAGCAGAGAACAAGCGCAAAUCCGGCAGACUCCUCGUCGUCAUCGGCACAUACACGAUCGGCAAGGAGAAGAUCGUCAAGGCCGUCGCGCGGGUGAUGAACAGCCAGAUCUUCUGCGCCGAUUCUCGCAAGUAUCAAGUAUACGCGCAAAUUGAAGAUCCAGAACUGCACGCUAUGCUGACGCGCGAUCCGGGCGCGAGUGUGCAUGUGACGAAUCUGCAAGCGAUCAGCGGCGAUGGCUUGCGAGAUACAGUCUCUGCACUGCGAGCGAGAGGUUAUGGUUUUACGCACGCCAUCGCUUUCCGACCGACGGGAUGGACGUACAGACCUCCUGCGGGCGUGGACACGACCGCUCCGAGUUUGGAGCGGCUCAUGGCGUGGAAUCAGUCCCGUUCCUUCUCUGCCGCUGGCCUCUACCCCACGCGCGACAGCACACCCGAGUACAUGAUUUACGGAGUUCCAUAUAGCGAACAUUCGAGCUUCUUCGAACUGACAGCUUUUGCGCUGUCACUCAAGUAUGACCGCAUCAUCGCAACGGUCAAUGUCGGCAAUCCGACCAGUCGCAACAAGCAAGCUGGAUGGUUCGACAAGUGGCUGCAGGAGAAACGCCGGAGGCAGAAGCUCGGUUUGCCGGAGAUUAUUCCUUCGCGUCAUGAACUUUAUUGGUAGUGCUAGCACAUGUAAGUCGUUGUGCGGGCAGAGUAUUUAACGUAUACUAGAAUGUAUCAUAAUCACAUUGUGC